CGGGCCGUGAGCGCCAUGGCCGUGGCCGGGGCCCCCGCGGGCGGCCCAAGCGCGCCGGCGCUGGAGGCCCUCCUCGGGGCGGGCGCGCUGCGGCUGCUCGACUCCUCGCAGAUCGUCAUCAUCUCCGCAGCGCAGGACGCCAGCGCCCCGCCAGCCCCUGCCGGCCCCUCCGCCCCCGCCGCGGGCGCCAGCGACGCUGACCUGCUGCUCUUCGCCACGCCGCAGGCGCUCCGGCCCACACCCAGCGCGCCGCGCCCCGCGCUCGGCCGCCCGCCGGUGAAGCGGAGGCUGGACCUGGAAACUGACCACCAGUACCUGGCUGAGAGCAGCAGGCCAGGCCGGGGCAGGGGCCGCCACUCGGGGAAAGGUGUGAAGUCCCCGGGUGAGAAGUCCCGCUAUGAGACCUCGCUGAAUCUGACCACCAAGCGCUUCCUGGAGCUGCUGAGCCACUCAGCUGAUGGUGUUGUCGACCUGAAUUGGGCAGCUGAGGUGCUGAAGGUGCAGAAACGGCGCAUCUAUGACAUCACCAACGUCCUUGAGGGCAUCCAUCUUAUUGCCAAGAAGUCCAAGAACCACAUCCAGUGGCUGGGCAGCCGCGCAACAGUGGGGAUCGGCGGGCGGCUUGAAGGGCUAACCCAGGACCUCCAGCACCUGCAGGAGAGUGAGCAGCAGCUGGACCACCUGAUCCACAUCUGUACCACGCAGCUGCAGUUGCUCUCCGAAGAUGCCGACAGCCAGCGUCUGGCCUAUGUGACCUGCCAGGACCUGCGCAGCAUUGCAGACCCUGCAGAGCAGAUGGUCAUGGUGGUCAAGGCUCCUCCCGAGACCCAGCUCCAAGCCGUGGACUCCCUGGAGACCUUUCAGAUCUCCCUCAAGAGUAAACAAGGGCCCAUUGAUGUUUUCCUGUGCCCUGAGGAGAGUGCAGGUGGGAUCAGUCCUGAGAAUACCCCACCCCAGGGGGCAGCUUCUGCUGAGGAGGAGGACAGGGUGACUGCCGCUGCCACCACAGUGCCACCACCAUUACCUCCCCCUUCACCUCCUGCUGCGGAUCCUGGCCAGUCCCUGCUCAGCCUGGAGCAAGAACCGCUGCUGUCACGCAUGGGUGCCCCCAUGGAGGAGGACCACCUAUCCCCGCUGGUGGCAGCCGACUCACUCCUGGAGCAUGUGCGGGAGGACUUCUCCAACCUCCUCCCUGAGGAGUUCAUCAGCCUGUCCCCCCCCCACGAGGCCCUUGACUACCACUUUGGCCUCGAAGAGGGCGAGGGCAUCAGAGACCUCUUCGACUGUGACUUUGGGGACCUGGCUCCUCUGGAUUUCUGAUGGGGAAUUGGGGGGCCAGGGUCUCCCAAGAUGCCCACCCUAUCUCUGCAGCCUUGGAGCCCCCUGAUUCUGGCUGUCCUCCCAGCCUGAUUGGAAACAUUUAAUUUAUACCCCUCUUCCCUAGUUCCAGAAGCUUGAGCUCUGGGGUCUGGUUACUGCCUGGAGGCUGAGUGAGCCAGGAAGGAAAGGAUCCUGUGUUUGUGGUGUGUUUGUGCUUGCAGCCAAUGUGUGUGUACAUGGGGCGGGUGUGGUGUGUGCCUCUGGCAGAGGUGCCAGGCAGCAAUGUUGACGUGAGGUGGGGGUAUGUGUGAGUGUGUGUAUGCAUGUACCGGGGAAUGAAGGUGAACAUGUGUGUGUGCACUAAACACGCCCCAGUGUAUCCACAUAUGUGUGCAUGAGUUCAUGUGUGCGCGUGGUGGGGGCCCUAACUGCACUUUCGGUCUCCUUGCUCCGGGGUCCCAGGAGGCCCAGGGUGGCCCCUGCCCCCAGAAGCCUGCAAGCUGAGCAGGUCAGGUGGGGAGGUCUUGGCGGGCUUGGUUUGCAGGACAGUGAGAGCACUUCUGUUGUCUUAAAGUUUUUUCUGAAACUCGAAGCUUUAAUGGAGCGUUAUUUAUUUAUAGAGGUCUCUUUGGCAAGCCUGGGGCACCAGCAAAGGGUAGGAGGGAUGUGGGGCUAGUGCCCUAACUCCCAUUACCUCUGAGUGAGGGCAGGGGUCCUGAAGCUGUUCUUUCACCUUGCCCUGAAGGAGCUGAGGCCUAAGUGGUUUUAUUUAUUGGGAAAGUUAAGGGAGGGAAACUGACUGACUGACUGACAGCCAUGGAUGGAUGGAGGGAUCCCUCCCUAGGGGGUCACUGCAGGGCCCCAGCUGUCCCCUAGGCUGGGUGUGAGAUGGGAGAGGUGAGUGGGGGGCCUUCACUGACAAGUGGGCAGGAGGGGUGGGUAAAGGGCUCUCCCAGCCCAGAUGGCAGGGGCCCCUCCCCCACUUCUUGUUCUGCCUCAGUCCCCAAUCUGCACUUUGAUUUGCCUUCCUAACAGUUCUGUUCCCUCCUGCUUUGGUUUUAAUAAAUAUUUUG